AUCGAGACGUUUCUGCCCCCCUCUUUGCUCCCUUUCACUCGCUCCUCGGUCCUCUCGAAAUCAUUCUCCUCGACGAAACCCUAUUUCUCGAAAAUCCCUAAAUCCUAGGGGUUUUCUAGGCUUUUAGCCCGAUGGAUGCGUUUCCAGGCGGACCGGUCGAUUCGGCUCAGCUACAGUCCACCAUGAUCACGAUCGAGCAUGCCUGCUCUUCGAUCCAGAUGCACAUGAAUCCAGCCGAAUCAGAAAAACUUCUUAUCUUACUUCGCCAAUCUCCUAUGCCAUACAAGUCAUGCCGAUUUAUUCUUGAAAAUUCUCAAGUUCCUACUGCAAGAUUCCAGGCUGCGUCAGCUAUUAGAGAUGCUGCAAUAAGGGAGUGGGGUGUUCUUACUGAAGAGAACAGGAGAAGCUUGAUAUUAUUUUGCUUGUGCUAUGUUAUGGAACGUGCGAACACUACUGAUGCAUAUGUGCAGUCAAAGGUCUCUGCUGUUGCAGCUCAGUUACUAAAAAGAGGCUGGUUAGAUUUUGAUGAUGCUAAGAAGGCUGCUAUUUUUUCUGAGGUGAAACAAGCUGUUCUGGGAAUUCAUGGCACUGGUCCCCAGUUUGCAGGAAUCAGUUUCCUUGAAUCCUUGGUUUCAGAAUUUUCACCCACAACAUCAACUGCUAUGGGUCUGCCCAAAGAGUUCCAUGGACAGUGUCAAUCACUGCUGGAGUCUAAUUAUUUGAAGGAAUUUUACUGCUGGGCCCAAAAUGCUGCCUUGAGUGUGACUGAUAAAAUAUUAAGGGAUAGUCCGACUGUAUCAGAAGAUAAAGUUUGUUCUGCAGCGUUACGCCUUAUGUUUCAGAUUUUGAACUGGAAUUUCAAGCAAACUUCUUAUGAUCCUUCUGGUGGAAAAAUAUAUUCCUGCUCUUCUGGAAUUAGUUACGAAGCCUCCUUGCUGAAGAAGUUUGAACGUUGCUUGGUGCAGCCAGGACCCACAUGGCGUGAUGCUUUGUUGUCAAGUGGACACAUUGUUUGGCUUCUGAAUUUGUAUGCAGCACUCCGCCAAAAAUAUUCAUCUGAUGUGAUAUGGGUAGAUUCACCACUUGCUGUAUCUGCUAGACAGCUUAUAGUACAGUUCUGCUCUUUGUCUGGGGCUAUUUUCCCUUCUGAUAAUGGAGAGAUGCAAAUUAAGCAUCUGCUGCAGAUAUUGUCAUCAGUUAUACAUUGGAUUGAACCUGUAGAUGCUGUUAUAGAAGCAAUCAUAUCUGGAAGAAGUGAAAGUGAGUUGGUUGAUGGUUGCCAUGUGUUGCUUUCUAUAGCCACGUUGACUAGGGCCUUCCUGUUUGACAACCUACUAAGGUCUCUAAGAUCUUAUGGUACACUUCAUCUGUUGUCUAUCAUGACAUGUGAGGUUGUAAAAGCUGAUGUAGCCAGAAGUAGUGAAGAGGAAACAUGGACUGCAGAGGCUCUGGAUAUUUUACUCGAAACAUGGAGUGUCAUUCUUGGGCGACCAGAUACUGACAAGAACUCAAUCUCAGCUGAAGGAGUUACUUCUGCAGCCACGUUAUUUAAUAGUACUGUGGAGUCUCUUCUGCAUGCUGCCGCUGAAUCAGCAUUUGAUGAUGAAAAUGAAUCCGAGCAUUUUGUGGCGUCCAUAUCAAAGAGGGAUGAAAGGCUAGGGUCAUAUGCUCUUAUUGCACGGGCAGCAUCUGAGAUUACUAUUCCUUUUCUGACAAGGCUAUUUGCUGAUCGUUUCUCCCUCCUUAAUCAGAACAAUGGGAGAAGUGAUCCCACUCAUACAUUGGAAGAACUUUACUGGCUCUUGCUGAUAACAGCUCAUGUUCUCAGUGAUUCAUCUGAGGGAGAGACAGUUCUUAUUCCGCAAGCGUUGGAGGAUGCAUUUCCUAAUGUCCUGGAAGAAAACCAGCAUCCUGUAGUUAUCAUUUCAUGGUCUAUCAUUGAUUUUUCAAGAUGGUGUUUAGACCAAAAUAUGAGAACGACAUAUUUUAGCCCGCGCCUUAUGGAGGCAGUGAUAUGGUUUUUUGCAAGGUGGGUGGAUACAUACGUAAUGCCACUUGGUGCCAAAGGACACAGUAAUACAGCAUUUGCUGAAAAUGGACAAGAUGGAUCACAAAUUUCAAAAAAAAUCCUACAUAGUUUUGCUGGAGAGCAUAACCAAGGAGGAGUUGUUCUUGAUGUUAUAGUUCGUAUUUGCAUGGUAUCGCUUACCUCCUAUCCUGGGGAAAAUGAUCUGCAGGCGCUCACAUGCCAAAAGCUUCUCAAAGCACUUGUUCGAAGGAAACAUGUUUGCAGUCACCUCGUUUCACUGGACGCAUGGCAUGACCUUGCUAAAGUUUUUUCAACUGAAAGGAUUUUGUUACCAGUUAAUGCCUGUCUACAGCGUUCUCUUGCAGAAGCACUUGUUUGUGCAGCAAUCGGCCUAAAAGAUCCAGAGGCAUCCAACCAGUACGUGAGGGAUCUAAUGGGACCAACAACUGCGUAUCUUGUAGAAGUGGCUUCAAGGAAUGAUCUUGUAGGAGUCGCUCAACAGGCAGAUGCAAUACACAUGAUCAGUUGUAUGUUGGAAAGGCUGAGAGGAGCAGCUAGAGCAACCCAACCACGAUAUCAAAAGGGUAUAUUUGAGAUGGGUCAUGCAGUAAUGAACCCUCUGUUAACUCUCCUAGAAGCGUAUAAAAACCAGCCUGCAGUAGUUUACCUGAUACUCAAAUUUGUAGCGGACUUGGUUUAUGCGCAAGUCACAUUUCUUAAUGCCCAGGAAACUUCUAUUUUGGUCACCUUCUGCUUACAAUUGCUCCAAAUAUACUCUAAGCAUAACAUUGGUAAGAUUUCAUUGUCUCUUUCAAUUAGCUUGCAGAGUGAGGCACAAGCUGAAAAGUAUAGGGAUUUGCGUGCUUUGCUUCAGCUGCUGACCAAUAUUGCAUCAAAAGACUUGGUUGAUUUUUCAUUAGGGCCUGAAGAAGUAGAUAUUGCUCAGGUUAUCUAUAUUGGAUUGCACACUGUUAGCCCCCUUAUAUCUUUGGAACUUCUUAGAUACCCCAAACUCAGUCGAGAUUAUUUUACACUAGUAUCACACAUGUUGGAAGUGUACCCUGAGAAGGUUGCUCAGCUGAGCAAGGAAGCGUUUUUGCAGAUAAUUGCAACUUUAGACUUUGGAAUUCAACAUCAGGAUAUUGAUGUGGUCGAUAUGUGUUUGAGAGCAGUAAAUGCCCUUGCCUCCUACCACUACAAAGAGAGAGUUGCAGGUAAGGGGGGAUUGGGUGCACAUGCAAUAGUUUCCCAGGGCUCUAAUGGCAAACUGCAGGAAAGCAUCGUGAGCCAUUUCUUGCGAUUGCUUUUACAACUACUUCUGUUCGAAGAUUUUAGAAUGGAGCUUGCUGGUUCUGCAGCAGAUACCCUUCUUGCAUUAGUUUUGUGUGAGCAAGAGCUAUACCAGAGGCUGGUUCAAGAAUUCUUGGAGAGACAGCCAAAUCCUACUCUACAGACAAGACUCACGAGAGCACUGCAUUCUCUCACAAGUUCCAAUCAGUUGUCUUCUUCGCUUGACAGGCCGAACCGCAACCGAUUCAGGAAGAACUUCCAUGUAUUCUUGACUGAUAUUUCUGGUCUACGGUUAAAGUGAGUUACAAACCAAGGAGAGGAUUUAAUUGAUGAAAUUUGGGGAACAUUCCAGAACCAGAAUGGAGAAACUUCUAUUUUGAUAAUCUUGGAAAUUUGCUGGAGCUGUUGCAAUUGCUAGAAGCGUGAUGUGAAAGGAAAUUAAAUUUGCUGGGGCUGUUCCAAAUCUUUGUGUACUAUGCAGUCCCUGGAUUAUACGUGAUUGGGAUACUUCUGAUAUGGUGGCAGUGGCAAGUUCCUGGACGGAGGAUGAGUGUAAGAGGAGUCUGCGUUGGAGGCUCUUGCGAGCGACUUUAUGAUAGGCUUAUGAUGUGAAAAGAAAUUAAAUUUUGCAGUUCGGACAAACUAAACUUACAGUAUAUUUUGUAAAAUUGAAGUAAGAAUGGAAAAUGUUGAUGUAAUUGCAUAUAUAUAUAUAUAUUUUUACUUUUCGACUUUUGUGUGCCUUGAAUAAGAGGGAUUUUGUGGAACUUGAGCAGGUUAUAUGGCUUUUGUAUGGGCGCUUAAUUGCAUCAUCCCAGGUUGUUAUCCAUGACUUGUCCUUUUGAGAGACGCAUUGCUAUUAAAUUUACCCGUGUGGAUUGACUUCUUGUA